UUCAUCUUUAGUAAAUAGGAUUUGUAACAGAAACAGCUGAUCCGUCAUAAGGGAGUGAAAAAAUGUCUGAGGAGAAGAAAUCCGGGGAUCAGGCGAACGAUGCAGAGUUGGAUGACUUGUUGAACAGUGCUCUAGAGGACUUUAACAAAUUACCACAGCUUGUGAAAAAAGAGGAUGCUCCAGCGGCUGCGACAGGUCCGAGUGAUCAGGAUUCCCCGGAGGAACUUGUGGAUGAAACUUGGUCGCAGGAUUUCAUAAGACAGACUGCAGAUCAAUUUGAGAAGAAUCUACAGAGUUUACUUGAAAAGGGAGGCGAUAGCGACAUCAGUGGAUCACUGCAACAAAUGGCACAAACCGUAGCCAAUGCGAUAUCCAGUAAUGGUCCAGCGGAUGCUGAGGGAAAUGAAUUCCAGGCGGCUAUUGCACAAGCUCUUAAAGAUAUCUCAGCGACUUCGGAAACGUUACAGAACGCUGGACCAGGAAUAACCGAGGCGGAUCUGGCAGCUAUGUUCGGCCAGACAUCACUCGAGGAACCAGGGGGUGACAUACUGCCUUUCAUGCAGGGAAUGAUGCAAUCACUCUUAUCGAAAGAAAUUCUCUACCCGUCGCUCAAGGAAUUGGUGGAUAAAUAUCCAGCGUGGUUGGAUGAGAAAAAGGAGAGCCUAUCGCAGGAGGACCUCGCGAGGUUUACGAAGCAAUUUGAUCUGAUGCAGAAAGUCUGCACAGAAUUAGAGAAAGAAAAAGACGACGACUCCGACCCAGUAAAGAAGCAGCAAUUCGAAAAGAUCCUGGGUCUGAUGCAAGAAAUGCAAAACUGUGGACAGCCCCCCGAGGAUCUAGUGGGCGAACAAACGAGUUUAUUUCAAUUCGAUAACGAUGGAAAUCCAAUGAUUGGCCAAUCCCUCCCACCGGGAGUUGAUCCCCAGAACUGUAGUAUAAUGUAAUAAAAUUCAUCGGCGGCAUCAAAUUGUACAUAGCAAUGUGAUCGUACUCGAUUGUUGUAGCCUUUCCUAGGGACCUCCAUUUAUCGCCAGUUAUUUUUCUACGUUUACAGGAGAAUUGUAAUGAGCUAGUGUGCAAGCACUCGUCACACAUUAAAUCACACGUGUCAAUUUCCUGACUUUGUUAAUUGUAUUUAUAUUUCUUCUUUUGUAUUGAUGAACAAAGUAAUUGCCUAUGAAAUCCUCGUUUGCUCAGUGA